AUGGCUGCAUCAGUGAGUCUGGAGUUGGACCCUGUCUUCCUAAAGGGACUGGGAUACCUGCACUCAAAAAGCAAAGACUCUGUGGAUAAACUCAGAGCUCUGCUGGACGAGUCUCUAUCUGGCAAAGGGAGUGAUUCCUCUUACCGCUCAUCACUGAAGGUAUGGACUACUGUAGCUUAGUUGGUAGAGCAUGGUGCUUGCAACGGCAGGAUAGUAGAGUCGAUUCCCGGGACCACCCAUACGUACAAAACACAUGACUAAGUGGCUUAGGAUAAAAGGGUCUGCUAAAUGGCAUAUAUCAUUAUAAUAUUAUAUGGCAUUCAUUCACCUCUCUUCAGAACAUGAUGUUGUCAUCAUUUUACAGGCUGGUGCUAUUAUAUUCUAAUGAUGUCAUCAUAUGGGCUUUUGUCAGUAAUCCAAAGGAAAUCCAUAGACGUACAUAAUUGAGGUGUAACAUAUGAAACCUUAUCUAGGCACCUGUGCUUUACCCGUGUCACUCAUUGUCCUUUCAGACAUCCCUUCUUCUACUAUAGGCUGCCGCUUCUGUCUAGUUCUUUCAGUCACUCCCAACAUUUGUUUCCUGGAGAAGUAGCUCUGAAGCCUCGUGUUUCCAUGUUGUGUCCAUCUACAGGAGGUGGAGGUGACGAAGGUGUCCAAGAUGAGCAUAAAUAAACAGGACUACAAGUCCUCCUCCAGCUCCUCCUCCUCCUCAUCUAGCAGCAGCAGCAAGUCCAGCAGCUCAGAGAAGAGCAAGAAGGAGGUGGAGAAGAGGCCUUCAGAAAAGGUAGGAAAUGGAAUGGAUGCUGUGGCUGAGUAGGGGGAAGGGAUUCAUUCAUGAUCUAGGCUAGUUUGUUCCAGAACCAAACCAAUACUGCAAAUCAUGGAAAACACAACAACAAAAACGAUGUGUAAUCGUUUGUCAUUCAUAAUGUUAUUACAUUGGAUUUUGAGACGUUCCAUAUCCAUAUUCCAGUAAUUCCAUUCCUUUUGUUGAGACAAUCUAGAACCAAACAUGCAUACACAAUUAUCCAUUGUACAUACAUAAUGUUAUACAUUGGAUACAUAAUUGGAGACAUUUGUUCAGUGUGACAUAUCUUCAGUUUUUCGAGAUGACAUGGAAUGUAAACCGUCACUUAGAGAUCAUACGUCAACAUUUUAAUAUGAAAUCCCUAUUAUUUGUUGAGGUUGACAUAGAACUUUAAACUGUCAUACCACCUACAUAACAACUUUAUAAACCUUCAUAACACCUUUAUUAACCAUUACAGCACCUUCCCGUUGUCUUCCAGGUGAGGGUAGAGCCAGGUGAAGGACCUGAACCGUCUAAGAAGCCUCGCCUGGAGCCCAAGCAGCAUGAGAACCGCUCGUCCCCCGUCACAGUCCAGCCCUUCAAAGACAUUCCCCUGCCUGACUUCUCCAACUUCGACGCGGAGACCAACGCUGACGACUUCGCCAUGGAGAUGGGGCUGGCCUGUGUGGUUUGCAGGUAAGUGCCUGACCUUUUUUGAAUGUCACCUGGGUUGUGUUCACUAGGGCACGCAAAACAUUCAAUCAUUUCGCAACUGAAAACGAAAAAGUCCAGUUAGUCUCUUCCUGUUUGUCCUUUUUUUUCUUCGUUUGGUGCCUAAUGAACACUACCUGUAACUCUUUCAGUGAUGAAUGACUGUAUGUACUGUGUGUAAUGUACAGUAUAUGUAUAUUUUUUACUGACAAAUAAAAUCAAUCAAUUAGUCUCAUUUUGAUGACCUCAGGCAGAUGACGGUGACGUCGGGCAACCAGCUGGUGGAGUGCCAGGAGUGCCAUAACCUCUACCACCAGGACUGCCACAAGCCCCAGGUGACGGACAAAGACGUCAACGACCCGCGCCUGGUUUGGUACUGCGCCCGCUGCACCCGGCAGAUGAAACGCAUGGUAAGAGAUGGAUAAUGACCAAGUCAUCCUGGCUGAGUCGGGAAAUGGCACCCUGUUCCCUACAUAGUGCACUACUUUUGUCCAGAUCCCUAUGUGCCUUGGCCAGAAGUAGUGCACUACAUAGGGAAUAGGGUGCCAUUUGGGACGCAAACCAUGUGACCAAUACUUAUAACAAGGGGUGUAUUCAGUGAGUUGAAACCUUCUGAACGUUGCAGAUAGAAAUGUAAUGAACAGAGCUGACACGAUUCCUUACUGACGGACAAUCAUAUAUUUUUCUACACAAUACAUUUCUAUCUGAACGUUCUGAACUCCCAAAAUGACCCCAAUUGAAUGGGUUCUUAUGCUGUUGUUGUUGUUGCCUGCCAGGCCCAGAAGACCCAGAAGCCUUCACAGAAGCCGGCCCCAGCCGUGGUGUCAGCAGCCCCCGUGGUGAAGGACCCUCUGGUGAAGAAACCGGAACUCAAGGUCAAACCCGACACAUCCAGCACCUUUCAGGCCUUCAAACGAACUGAGGUGAAGGUAAGCAUUAAGAAUUCAGAGCUGCAUAUUUGAAAUACAAGUCAUAUUUAGGUUAAAUUACAUAUUUCAAUAAGAUAUACCUUGUCUAAUGCAACCUGAUCAUGUAAUUCCCAGACAAUAUACAACAUUACAUGGCAUACAGUGCAAUAGCCUUUUCAAAGAUGGCAGACAUUUAGGUUGAAUCGAAAGACAAAAUGUAUAUAUUUUGUCAUGCAAACGGACCAUGUGUGUAAUACCUGGACAUUAUCCUAGGGGGAAAGGAUCAGAAUCAUUUGGAAGUGCUUCGGAGUAUUGCAUCUCUAACGCUUGUUUCUUUCUCUCCUCCUAGGCUUCUGCAGCAGUAUCUGCCAACCCCUCUAGUACCGGCUCCUCCUUGCAGUCGGGCAGCGGCCUCACAGGGUGGGCUGCAUUCGGGGCCAAGACCUCCGCUGGCCCCGGCGCCAGCACCAAACCUGGCUCCUCAGGGCCAAUCGGAAGUAGCAAGACCUCCUCCACAUCUACCCCCGCUGGCCAGAAACCUGCCGGACUCUCCGGGCUGACCAGCUCUAAGUCGGGCGGAGGACUGGGCGGCUCCAAGAUGGCGACCGGAGGAGGGAAUGGAAAUAACGCUGAUGGUGGAAACGGUUCGGUGAAGCCUCCUCCACCUCUGGCCCUGGGGAAGCAGACCCUGAACCGGUCCUCCAGUGGGGAGAACCAGGGGAGGGGGACAAGUCCUGGGUCCUCCCCCAGUGGGUCUCAGCCCAGCCUGGGAGGGAAUGGCGGAGGGUCUGGGGGCAACGGAGGAGGGAAUGGGAACGGUAACGGGUCGAAGGCGGCGGCGGCUGAAGCGCCAGCGGGUGGCAAGGCGCCCACGUCCCAGGAGUCUCAGCUCAACGCCAUGAAACGCCUGCAGAUGGUGAAGAAAAAAGCGGCGCAGAAGAAGCUGAAGAAAUGAAUGGAAUGAGAGGAGUAGUGAGGGAAGGAGGAAGAAGGAAAGAGAUGUGUGUGUAAGUAAGAUGUUCGAGGUGUAAGUUAUGAAUGGGAGGGCGUGCCAGAGCAUUGUAUUAACUGUAACGUGGAUAUAACCGAAUCCAAUUGAAUACUUGAAUUUCAUUAUGAUGUAUGAAAUGCUGCUGGAGAUGUGUUAGUGGCUACAAUAUGCCUCUAUGUUCUGUCCAAACUCCGCCACAUCACAGAAAAUUUAAAUUAACAUUAUUUUUUUUGGGG